AUGGCAACAUCUGGACCGAAAACGAGUUAUAUUCUGGAAGAUAAUAAAGAUAAUAAAGUAUCAUCACUGACAAAGAGUUCGCUGAAUGCAAAAGAUUCAAAGGUCAGUAGGCAGUGUAAUGAACGGAAUUGCUGUUGGGAUGAGAAUGAUAGAGUGACGGAAGGAAGAGAAAUGAAUCGUCGUCAUCAAGCAGAGCGAGACAAACAGAUAAACGGAGCAGUAUGCCCUCUCUGGAGGACACCGAACAUUGAGGAUAGUGACACCUACACGAAAGCGCUACGUGCAUCGUGA